GUCGAGCGUUAAGUGCACGCUCUUCUUCCUAAAUUCAAAGUUUUAAACUUUCCAAACGAUCAGACUCCGUAAACCCUCUCUCUCUCACACAAUUAUGGAAUUCGAAACGUCUACAAUGAAUUACAUUCAAUCUGCUCGAAUUUACGACCCCUCUCGAUGGAAACACGAUCCCUACGCAGUACCACCGCCGUACACGGUCUUCUCAACCACCACCGCCAUGGAAAUCGGACAAGUUCCUCGAAUCGUUCCGGCGUCGCCGGAGAUGGAGCUCGCCGUAUCUUCUGUGGAGAGGAUAAUUAAGUACAGGUUCAAUAACAAGCGCCUACUCGAGGAGGCUCUCACACAUAGCUCCUACUCAUACUCUGCUUCUUAUCAGCGGCUUGAGUUCGUUGGCGAUGCCGCUCUCGGGAAUGCGUUCAGUAAUUUUGUUUUUCUUGCUUAUCCUGAGCUUGAUCAGGGACAGCUUACUCUGUUGCGUGCUGCGAAUGUUAGUACAGAGAAGCUUGCUCGCGUUGCGGUUCGGCUUGGGCUUUAUCAGUAUGUGAGACGCAAUGCAGCUUCUCUUGAUGAUAAGGUAAGAGAGUUUACGGAUGCAGUGAGUAAUGAGAAUGGCGCUGUUGCACAUGGUGGAUCCGUGAAAGCACCUAAGGUGCUAGCAGAUAUUGUAGAGUCAGUGGCAGCUGCGAGUUAUGUUGAUGUUAAUUUUGAUCUCCAAAAGCUCUGGGUGAUAUUUAGAGGUCUUUUGGAGCCCAUUGUCACUCCUGAUGACUUGCAGCAACAACCGCAGCCAGUGACAAUGUUAUUUGAGCUGUGUCAAAAGCAAGGAAAGAAAGUUGACUUAAAGUACUGGAGAAAUGGACCAAAGAUCAUUGUGAGUGUGUACGUGGAUGGCUGCUUUAUCUUCUCAGGGUCAUCUGAGCACAAGGAGAUUGCUAAGCUCAAUGCAGCAAAGGGAGCCUUGCAUAAAUUAUUGCAGCCGAUGGAUAUUGACAAUCAAAUGUCUGACAUGGAUACUGACAUUCAAAUGCGUGACAUUUGUGACGGCAACGGCAUCAACAAUGUCUUUGAGCUCUGUGGCAAAGAGAUGUGGCUCAUACCAUCUUACAACUUCACUAUCGAGAACAACGAGCCCUACACAUUACCACCUCUGAGCACGGCCAUCUCAACAACUGCCAUCCUCCACGAAAUUGUUCCUCGAACCGUGCCGGCAUCACCUGACAUGGAGCUUACAAUCUCUGCCGUUGAGAGAAUAAUUAAUUACAAUUUUAGGAACAAGCGCUUCCUUGAGGAGGCACUCACGCACAGCUCCUACACAAACUCCGCCUCUUAUGAACGACUGGAGUUUAUUGGAGACGCUGCUUUGGGGCUUGCAUUCUCCAACUAUGUUUAUCUUGCGUAUACUGACCUCGAUCCUGGGCAGCUUUCCCUUUUGCGUGCUGCGAAUAUUAGCACAGAGAAGCUGGCACGUGUGGCAGUCCGUCAUGAGCUUUAUCGCCAUUUGAGGCACAAUGCAUCCAGUCUUGAUGAUAAGAUGAACGAGUUUGCAGCCGCAGUGAGUAAUGAGGAUUCCACCGUGGUGCACGGUGGAUCAAUGAGAGCACCUAAGAUCCUUGCUGAUUGUGUGGAGUCAGUGGCAGCUGCCAUUUAUGCUGAUGUUAAUUUCGAUCUCCAAAAGCUCUGGGUGAUCUAUAGGGGUUUUUUGGAGCCCAUUGUCACACCCAAGGACUUGCAACCACAACCAGUGACACUGUUAUUUGAAUUAUGCCAAAAACAAGGAAAGCAAGUUCACAUAGAGCACUGGAGAAACGGAGCAAAGAACAUUGCUAGCAUAUAUGUUGAUGGCCACUUCAUUACCUCUGGGUCUUCUGAGCAGAAGGAAAUUGCAAAGCUCAAUGCUGUGAAGGGAGCGUUGCAUAAGUUAUUACAAUCAAUGUCUACGGAUAGUCAAAUUUACAACUUUUGUGAUGAAAUUGACGAUGCAGUUGAGAUGGAAGGCGCGAAACAAAAGUUACAUGAGCUUUGUGGCAAGAAGAAGUGGCCUAAACCAUAUUACAGCAUCGAGAACGAGGAUGGUCCUGCUCAUGACAAGAAAUUUGUAUGCUCGGUUAAAAUUGCAACCGUAAAUGGCAUACUUUAUAUGUCAGGAGAUCAGAAGGCGAGAGUGAAGGAAGCGGAGAAUUCUGCAGCUUCAUUCAUGAUACGUGCACUGCGGGAGUCCAGCUAUCUGCGACUCUGAUAUUGUUCCUAAAUCUGCAACGUGAGCUUCUACCACAGGUUGUAUGCUUUUCUGAGGAAAUGCCUGAAGUCGAACAUCGAGUAUCCUCCCGGAAUUUCAGUUUUGUUGAGUGCUAAAUUAUUGUGGUACUUGAGCCCUAUAACGGAUCCUGGAAAGCAAUGAACACUUCCAUCUGCUGCUGGGUUUAUCACCUCAUAGUUAGACAAUUGUUUCAAGAUUCUGUUGUACUUUUCCACCCACCAAGGCUGGAAGUCAGUGAUGAUGAACUGCAGCUGUGACCGGAAAUGGUGGCAAGUGAUGAA